AUGGCUGGAUCACCUGAAACCACUUCAUUCGCCGAUCAAUCCAUAUCUUUCAUCAUGUUGAACGUCAAGCCUAGUCAGAAUCUCAUUCUCGAUCUUGAAUUAUCUCACUACAAUGAAACCUUAAGACCCGUGAUUGAGUGCCUAAGGUUCUCGCCACUGGCUCAAGCCUUAACCAUGGCGGACAAUGUUCCUUUGGUUCAUCUUUCUAAGGCAUAUUUGUCUGCUACCAACAAUCAACAGGAUCAGGUUACAAUGGGUUACAAUGGGCAUUUGUCCUUAUUGUCAAAGUUCAGGAAGACUUUUCUACCUCACAUGUGGAAUCAUUUGUUUACUCUUCUGUUUAAGGGUUUCUCUGAAAGAGAUGUAGAAGAAGAAGAAGAAGAAGAAGAAGAAGAAGAAGAAGAAGAAGAAGAAGAAGAAGAAGAAGGUGAAAAGCUUGUGAGAAAGAAACUCGAUAAAGAACUUGAUAAUCUUUUGAAUCUUCGACAAGACUUAGAAGCUAAGGAGGCUGAAGCUGAGAUUGAAAAAGCUACUCUUGCAAAUCAGAACUCAGAAGUCCCUCUUUCCUUCGUGGACAUUGAAAAGAAUUCAGAAGGAGGCAGUCAAUGA